CAACCACUGCAUCAAGUUUGGGUUGGGGCUGCCACGGUUGGAACUGGGGAAACUCCUGUGACAUCGUGUAGGCCUAAACUUAGUUGGAUCGCAUAGAAGAAGUACAUCACUUCCUGUGCUGAAGUAGAGAAGCUUCGCCUUUCAACUUUACUAGUGGGAGCUGUAGCGAUAACUGUGCGGAGCAAUAACCACGGCACUUAAAAGGACUACAAACAUCGGGGAAACCCAUAAUUCUGUUCCUGACCUUGUCCGGCCGGUUUACUGGACCCUACAAUUAGACGGCGACAACAUGGGACAAUAGCAGUGGGUAUUGGAUAUCCCUUCCCCUCUUUUUCAUUGUCUUUCUUUUCCUCCACACACUCAAACACACAUGUUCAAACACAAACAAUCACACACUCACAAUUACAACAGCUAGACUCUUGGCCAUUGGUCAAGAGUGAGCAGCUGAGAGACCACAACUCUUUGCUGUGGAGGGAUGUGGUUUCUAGCAUGGACGAUGCCCAAAAAAAGACUCUCGUCUGUGUGAAGUGCGCCUCGCCUCCACAGAGGGUUUGUGACGGAUAAUCAGUGAGGACUCGGAAAGAAACUGAAAUGGACGUGAAAGACCCGCGACGAGUGAGAACUUGACGGGUUUCUGCUCCACUGCAAGACUAACGUCACACAUUCCACAGCAAUCGGAUACGUCGGAACAUUUUUGUGACCCCUUAUCGCAACUCCCCACUCACAAGUGCCUUUUGUAUCUGCUUUCAACUUCUAUUUUUUUUUUCUAACAAAAGGGUUUAUAUUCCAAGACCUCACUAACUCCAGACCCUAUACAACCGGUUUAUAUUUUUUGGCUCGCGUCCAAGUUUCGUCAGCACUACAUACUAUAUACUCAUAGCUGUAGGGAGAGUUGAGCUUUUUUUUUUUUCAUUCAUGCUCUCUGAACUUGUGUUAUUGGGUUUUGAAGUGGCACAAGGCUCCUCUCAGAGGAAUGAGACCACCAUAGGGUGACUUCCUGGUUUCUUUCACCGCCAAGCCACUCCAUAACCUCCUCCACCCGCAGGCUCUUUAGAACGCAGACGAGUUGAGCUGAGCCAGGUGUGCCCGCCGACCACAUUGACCCCUGCAGGCGGUUGCCAUGGUCAAGCUACAGUCCAAAUGGCGCUACCUGGUGAUGUUCCUGGGCGUGCAGCUGGUCGUCAUGGCGCUGCUGUCGCGGGAAGGCUACCAGCGGAGGGUUUCAUACUUCUUCCGGAUCUUCCGCAAGUCGGAGCCUUCGUCCCACGCACGCAACGGCACCAACGGAGGGGAUGUGUACGCCAACCUGUCCGUCCUGGCCCGGAGUCCAGCCAAAGAGGACCUCCCCUACUGCCCCAAGAAGUCCCCCCUCAUUGGCGGACCAAUCCGCGUCACUUUCCCCAUGGGCUUGACGUUUGCUGAAGUCGAACGAAGGAACCCACUUGUUACUCGGGGAGGUCGUUACCAGCCUCCGAACUGUGAGGCCAGGCAUCGCACCGCCAUAAUUGUACCCCACAGAAACCGAGAACACCACUUGAAGUUCCUCCUCUACUACCUACAUCCAUUCUUGCAGAGGCAACAGCUCAAUUAUGGUAUCUACGUCAUUCACCAGGCGGGGGACUACACGUUUAAUCGGGCCAAGCUGAUGAACAUCGGCUUACGGGAGGCCAUGCGCGAGGAGGACUGGGACUGUCUGUUCUUCCACGAUGUGGACCUCAUCCCCGAGGAUGACCGCAACACCUACACCUGCGACGUCUACCCCAAGCACGCCGCCAUAGCCAUGGACAAAUUCGGCUACAAGCUGCCAUAUAAGAUGUAUUUUGGGGGCGUGUCUGCGCUGACUCCUCAGCAGUACCUCAAGAUGAACGGUUUCCCCAACAACUACUGGGGCUGGGGAGGCGAGGACGACGACAUCGGGAUCAGAGUGUCUCUGGCAGGUAUGGUGAUCUCUCGCCCGUCGCUGAACGUAGGCCGCUACAAAAUGAUCAAGCACAAGCUGGACGAGGGGAACGAGCGCAACCCUGAGAGGUUCAACAUGCUGGCCAAGACCCGGCAGACGUGGAAACAGGACGGCAUGAACUCGCUGGAGUACGCGCUCGUCUCGCGGGACUACCAGCCGCUCUACACCAACAUCACGGUCAACAUCGGGACAGAGGAGGGCCUCGACCCGCCCUCCAAAACCGCUGAUGCCCCAGUUGAGGGCCACACCCCCACUUCUGCCCAUGCCAAAAAGGACAAGCAGACGAACAUAGUGAGCAAGGACACGCCAGACCACUGAGGAGUCGGUGUGUGUGUGUCUGGUCUGUCUGUCUGUCUGUCUGUCUGUCUGUCUGUGUGUGUGUGUGUGUGUCUGUGUGUAGUAGCAGCGGGAGUGUGGUCGGUGGUGCUGGGUAGCGAGGAAGAUGAGUCCUAUCAAAUGGCCACGUGUCUCUGUCCUCCUGUAAGCCUCCCAGCAUUGUCCAUCGCCUCCCACAUCUUGGGGGACCACUGGCAGAGCCAUUCCAGGACCAAUCUCUUUCACGCUACUGCCUUGUCCAUCCACCCUUCUGCUAGCCUCUGAAGGGAAAAGCGACUGCAGCAAUCACCAUGGCCCCUGUCACUAAAGCAAAAAGAAGGAAACAAACUGUGGUGGGGUGUGGGGGUUUGCCUGAGUGUCACUGUUUAGUUUUUUUGGGGCGGGGGUUUACUUUUUUCUCUGGGGCACAUAUACUCUUAGCAGAGAAAGACUGUGGUGGAAAAGAAGAAAAUUAGACCAUUGAAUGUAUCUCUCGGUGUGUGAUUUACAACAUCAUUGUUAACCCCGGACGCUCCCUGCACGUGACACUUGACCUUUGUUUGCUGUGUUUGCGGUGACAACAAGAGAUGGGACCUGCUGUGUCAUCACAGCAAGGAAAGCAGUUCGGACUUGGGUUUUAAACCUGUUGCCUUAGCAUACUGUUGUGCUCAUUUUGAUCUUACACUCUGUGUGUUUAAAGCUAUGUGUGUGUGUGUGUGAGCGAAAGUCAGAAAGAGGCCACACAGUUUAAGCAGAGAUUGAAGCUGGGUGCUGCUGAGCGCAGGCCACAUAGUUUAGUUUCACUCACAUGUCCAGCCCUCGCUUACAUGCAUAUCAACCUGAUACCUACUACUGUGGUUACUAGCAGUGGAGGAAGGUAAUCAACUUCACAUAAUCAAAUGCACAGCCUCACAAUGUCUCUCACAGAUAUCCUGGACGUUUUUCUCGUAAUAGCCUUUCCUGGUGAGCAGCCUAGAGGGAGGACCAUGUUUGUUUCUCUUUGAGAUCAUAUCAGGUGUCGCGCUGACAUUCAUCCCAUUCUCCCUCUCUGUUCUUCAGUUCCCUGAUCUGGUGUUGUAGCCUGGAGGGCAACACCAGAAUAGUGCUUUGUGAUUUAGAGUGCGGCCACACUUUGGCUAUUCAAAUAUUAAGUACGCCCUGACGGUUGUGCCUUUGUGAUGUUUCAACUGCACGUUUCUAUUGCAGUAACUCUGGGCUUGGACCUUUACAUUUGGACCUGAUAUAUGGGCGUAUCGUUAUUUUAUAUAUACAGGUAUCCACAGGUUGCAUUUUCUAAAAUCUGGAUUUGUCUGAGUAGGUUAAGCAAUGUAGUUGCCUAUGUAGUUCAGAUUGUUUAAUUAUUUGUCAAAGCUACCCUUCUGAAGGCAAGGUAAAUUCAUAGGUGACAACAUGUUUAGCAUAGAGAGCAUGGUUCUGUCGUGAGUCCUUUUUCAUACUGUAGCCAUGAAAAAAUAUAUAAAGAAAGAGGAGGAAAAUAAUAGUUUGUGCUUAACCUGAAUUAAAAAAAAUAAUCACCCAAGGAACACAAAGAUCAGGAGGCCAUUUCACUAAGCAGGAUUACUCCGUUAUCAGGAAUAGUGUGUGACCAACUUUCAUAAUACUACUUUUUAGUUCAGCACUACAACUUAAAACUUGUGAGGAAUUAGUUGAUGUGAUUGUCUGAUGGGUUGAGAUCUUUCUUUGUUGAAAUCAUCUGUUACGGAUUUCACUUUUGUGACUGUAGCACGUUCAGCAGUGCUUGUGUGUCCCAGGGCCUCUAGGGGCUGUGGAGAGCAGGCUUCAGGGUAAUCCACACGCUUUGUUAUAACUCCGUAUGUGGCUUGGAGUUCUUCAUACCUUCUGCCUCUUCUCAGGCGAGCUUCUCUCCUCACUCCGGCAGCUGGAGAGACCUGUUUGUUUUUUUUGUUUAUUUGCAGCAUUAACAUGUUCUUCAUGCAAACGUGUGUGUCUUAGCAGAGAGCCUAGACUAUUACUGGGCUGAAACCAAAGAUAGGAGUCUGGCAGGCAGCUUCUGAGCUAAUGUUUAAAUUGUUGGACCAGUGAGGGUCUUGUACAAAAUGAAAUGAAAUUGCGUAUGAUAAAAGUGUAUGUGAGUGUGUGUGUGUGUGAGUGUGAGAGAGAAAGAGAGAUAAUUGUGUAUGUGUGUGUGUGUAUUUUUACAGUUUAUGGUGGUUUCACAUGCUGCUGUUUAUGGUAUGGAAAUUGAGAGGUGGUGGUGGUACGUUUUUGUCUCACAUGAUUCAUCCAUUACACUCAAAGCUUUUUUUAGAGGCAAGCAGCCCAUGCUAUGAGCUUAAUAUCCGGUCCUUUCUUCUUGGGCAUGUUUUUGUCUUUUUUUUUCUUCCUCUCUCUAAAACGUGGAUGUCUGAUGUAUCACAUUUGUAUUAAAAAAAAAAAAAAAAAGGUUAAUAGAUAGUUGCAGGUGACUCACUGCAGACGUCCCUCUGGUGUCUACUUCAUGCUUCGCUCAUUGGUCUAAAGGAGGAGCGGGAAACUGGAAUUAUAUCCUAAGAAGGAUGGGGGUUAAGAGAUAAAUCAACACACAGCUCACGAGACUGAUCUCAGAUCUGUUGGGUGCUGAGACGUUAUAGCUUUACCCAUUCGCUGCACACAUAAAGACAGUUCACUAUGUGUGUGUGUGAUGGAAGGAGAGAAGGUCAAACUAUGCAGGACCUCAUGGCUGGAUGAAAUGUUGUACAUUAUGUUUCGUAUGAAUAUAGACCGCUGUUUUUAAGCACUUUUGGGAAUCCUAUGCGCCGGCCACAAUUUUUUUCCCAACGUACUCUUGGCCAUGUGUGUGAGAAAACGACAGAUUUAUUGCAGCAUUUCUCAGUCAGCAUUAGUAGUCACCAGUGUCUGUUCCAUUUUGUUCCGUUUGGCCUCAGCACCCAAAAGGAGGUUCUAGCAGAACCGUGCUAAACAUUUGUAUGCAGCAGAAUGCAAUGUCUCACUUUAUAUGUUUGUUUUUGUCCUCUCAUCAGAGUCUGCACAGUCCAGAGUUGCCUUAUAAUAAUGAUUAAUAAAACGAAUAAUCAACCAGU